AAGCAUUUCAGUGAACGCGCGCACCUGGUCACUCUAGCAUAAUUAACGAAUAAAAUAAACAAUAACAUAACCACGGAAAUAAUAGAAAAUAAUAGAAGCGAUGAACGCCGUGAUAGCCCUGUGCCACUUCUGCGAGGCGCACGGUCCCUGCGCCAUCUUCUGCACCCAGACACUGAGGGACACCAAGCUGGAGGACCUGUCGCUGGACCAACAGACCCAGAAGACCUGCUCCGCCUGCAACUACUCCAUUAGCAAAAAUAGCAAUGCGAUCUACAGCAGGGACACGGAAAGCGGGGCCACAUUCGUCAGCACCAAGGUGGCUGUGCUGCCGAAAGUGGCCAGUCUGGUCAAGGAGGCGGCGGUCCUCAGUCUGAGCAAUGGUACGGACGCCAGCAAGGAUGGCGAGUUCGUGUUCUUCGGGGAUUCGACCAGGGGUCACAUACUGAGUCACACCUUUCGCAUCAGCGACCUGCAGGCGCGCGGCUACUCGCAGCUAUUCUCCAUCAUUGUGCUGAUGAAGGACAAGUACUUCCUGCUAAACAUCAAGCCCUUUUUGGCGGAGCACUUGAAGAAGGUGUCGUCGGAGCUGCAGGCAGCUGCCAAGAAGACCAAGGAGACGGAGGAGCUGACGUACUCGGAGCGGCAGAGGCGUCUGUCCGGUGCACAGUUCCUGAUGCCCACUUCCCGCUCUUUGUUGGAACUCACUGGCGAGGAGCACAUCUUCGCCCAGUUGCACUCACACUUUUCGUGGCUCCUGCUGGCCGGCUCCCGAUUCCUCACCGAGCACGUGACCUUCGGAAACCUACCGUGGCUACCGCCACAAAGUAGUGGCCGUCCUCCCGCACAGCGACUCACAUACAAUAGUUCUACUCUGCCAAUGAUAGAAAGCAUCGACGAUCCCGAUCUGGAAGAGUUCUUUUCUUUGCGCCACCUCAAGAGUGUCGUGCGCAAGGAGGAGUUUGCCACGGUCUGCUACUGCGCCUUGACCGGGGUCAAGAUUGUUGUGAGAGGGGAUCCGAGAAAGACCUUCCGGUUCAUGGUCUGCCUGAAGAAACUCCUGCCCGAGCCCAUGCACAAUCUGAUGCGAAUCGACGCCCAGCAUCAACACUCCAUUAGCUCAGAGUACAAAAUCAUAUCCGUGUCCAAUGAUAUAGCCGUGCCCAUGGCCAGUAGCUCCGUUUAUCGGAUCGAUUUUCUGGACAAGCACGUCAACGGACAUGAGGUGUCGGUCAAAUGGCCGGGAGAGCUGCCACGAAAAUGUAAGCUUCACUGUAGUCAGUUUCCGCGUUCACUGAUAAGAACCAAUCGGGGAUUAUGUGAAAACGGGUAUCAUUCAUACUUCCCACGCAAGAGCUUAAUUAAUGAUUCUUCCACUUUAGUGCCAGAUCUUAUGGUGAAACUUUUGAAGGCGGUUGAGGAGAAAAACUUCACAGAACUAGUGCUGAACAAGCAGACCAAGGUGCUCAUCGAAGAGUGGAAAAACAAAGUGACGUGCCUCAAUCAUGCCAAAUCCAACAGCGUGCAGGGCAAACUGAAGAAGGUCCUUGGCGUGCAGCCGCAUGAUCAGCCGAUUAUCAACUACUGGAGCACACACCUUCACUAGUACAACUGCAUACCGCACAGAUUAAGGACGUUCGAUUUCACCUUUUGGAAUAAAACCUCUUUAUUGCCGCGCUGCUUAAGCGAAGGCGAGAAAAA